AUGGCUAUGUUCGCGCGGCCGCUGCUGGCCGCCCUGCUGCUGCCGGCGUUCCUGCUCUCCGCCGCCUCGGCCGCCGACAGCAAGAACAACCCUGCGGAUCAGCUGGUUACAUUGAUCAACAGCAACCGUACUGCCAGCAAGGCUUCUACUGUUUCCGAUAAUCAAGGUUUGGGAUGCAUCGCUCUGCAGUACAUCAAAGCAUAUGAAGGUCAAUGUGACCAGGUGGAUGACAAGAAGCCGAUGGAGUCAAGUUUCACUGACACAUUUGCCCCAACCUGUGGCGUCCAAGCCACAACUCUUUCCAAGAUUACCGGUAGGCUUGUGGGCUGCCAGUCCAAGUACGUGAGUCCAGCUGAGGCCUUUGACAUCCUGGUGAAUGAUGCGAAGGGCCUUCAAAUAUUGCACAGCAAGAACCACACAGAGGUUGGGGCAGCUGUGAGUGGCACGGAUGGUGGUGGACCUUACUUCUGGUGUGUCCUGUUCAGUGACGGGAAGCCUACUACCAGCUUCAAGGUGGAUGGCGAAGUGCCCAAGACUGCCAUCCAUCCGGGGUGCUUCAGUGGCAACAAUGACGACUGCAUGGGCCCGACGAAUGGCGCCAUUUCGAUCAAUGCUGGUGCAUCGUGGCUGGUGGCGGCCCUUCUUUUUGCUGUAGCUUGUGCCUUUGCUUUGUGA